AUGAGCGACAUAGAACACGAGGACUCGGAGAUGCGCUCAUUGGAUGGCUUAUUGAGAGACAUAGGGCGGCCUGUUGGAGAAGGAAGCUACGGGACAGUAUAUUCUUUGAAAAGUUCGCCACACAAGGUGGUAAAGGAGACGCCCAUCAGGGGCCUCCGGCCUAGUGCUCUUACCGCGCUGGAGAUAGAAGCACGGGUUCUUCCACGCAUGGAGCACCCCAACAUUGUCAAAUAUGAGGCUAUUGAGAAGACAGAUCAGUUUUUCUUUGUGGUGAUGAAAUACUAUCCAAAGUCGCUCGAUCAACUCAUAAAAACCGCUAUUCGCUCUGAUAAGUCUUUGUCCCCUGAGAAAAUCUUUAUCAUUGUCAACCAGCUAGCAUCGGGUCUCGCCUACCUCCAUAGCCCAGACAAGACAGACAGCACGGGUAAGCCACUCCCCGCAAUCAUCCACAGAGAUCUGAAGCCAACAAAUAUCCUCGUCAAUAGUACUGAGACAGAGGUUGCUAUUGCAGACUUUGGGCUCUGUAUUGAGGGCGUUGCUAACAUCAGCAUGUCGUCGGUUGCUACCCCAUGCUACUCUUCUCCAGAAGCACUAAUAAGUAAGAUGUAUGCCACAUCAGCUGAUAUGUGGAGCCUUGGGGUGAUCAUUUACGAAUUGACCACGGGAAAAAGGCCCGACUUCCUUGCGGGGAGGAACCCAGAGGACGUCUUUACCAAGGACUGGAAAGCCCCCCUUGGCGAUAUCUAUGAUCCUGAUCUUCGCCUUAUAAUAGGGCAUCUUCUUGUGCUCGAUCCUUUGGAGCGACUUACGGCUGAGGAGCUGUUCCAGAUGACAUGUUUUGACAGGCAGACUCACAUUUUGUCUAUUCUCAAGAUAAGAGAACUUCAGAAGUCCUCGUCUCAUGAGCUGACAGAUAUCAGACCCCUUGCCAGCUCGAGUGUACUCACUAAGAGCGGACCUACUCACUUCACUGGGGAAACGCAGCUAAUGCAGUCUGUUCGUAGAGGCAAUAAGGAGGGUCUCAGGGAACUUAUAGAAAAUAGCCAAGGCUUUGGAGCCAAGAACGCUUCUGGGAUGACGGCAUUGAUGAUUGCUGCAGAGUGUGGGAAUUUGGACGCAGUGAGGCUACUUUUGCCGUUAGAAGCAAACAAGAGAUGCAACUGUGGGCGAACAGCCCUAAUGUAUGCGACCAAGAACGCCCAACUGGCAGCCGCUAAGGAAUUACUGGCUGUUGAAGCCGGGAAGCGCGAUAAGAGCGGAAAGUCAGCACUUAUGCUAGCUGCUGAAGGAGGCUCAGCAGAGCUGGUAGCCCUUCUGGCCGGGUACGAGUGCAAGCUGAAAAACCAGUCCGGGAUGACGGCCUUAAUGAUCGCUGUGAAGAAGGGGUUUAUAUCGGCAGUAGAGAUCUUAGCUGAACACGAAAAGGGAAUCGUUGAUAAUGCUGGAAGAACCGCCCUGUCUCAUGCUAUCAGAUUCAAGCAAAGGCCUGUGAUUGACCUCCUAACUCGGUAUCCAGAAGAGCAUGUUAGCACUUCUUUCAAAGAGAACCCGUAG